AUGCUCUCGCACUAUGCAGAUUAUACAUCGCCAAGACAAACAGAAUGCAAGCUACCGAACGAGUUGCUGUUACUCGUAAAGGAGCACAUCCCCCUGGCGGACCUGCGCACUCACGUCUGCUACUACCACACCUGCAAGACUAUCGCCUCCUUCUAUGGCGACAACAGCCAGCAGGCAGAGUUCUGGAGACGAUCUUGCAGUUUUGCUGGUAUUGGCUGGCUCAAGGCAGAUUCGUCUUGGAAAGAGAUCGCGUUCGAGACCAUAGCGAGGGACGGGUUUUGCUCACAUCCACGAUGCGGAGGCGCGCUGCUCGACUGGAACACAAAACAGAUUCAGCUCGCAAUGUGCAAGUACAACUGGGAUCCAGAAGACGGUGCAUGGGACGCGAUGUUGGAUCCCGAAGACGCGAUAGAGUGGACGCUGCCUGGUUAUCCCAUUCCCGUCUUCAACCCCAUCUUCCAGGAUAUCAAGUUCAAGUCGGAACACCUACCACCGUGGUAUCAUGACCCCUACGACGCCAAGUUCCGCGUCGAUGAUCCCGACGCGCCGCUCACCUACGUCCGACAGCUGUCAGCACAUCCAGUCGCGAUACGUAGCUUCGCGACCUUUCCCUCUGUCAGGCGUGUGAACUUUCACGCCAUCACACUCGGACAUGAACAUCGAUUUCAGAGCCUGAUGGGCUUGACUGUGUGGGAUAUUGUACGAGGGUUCCAAAAUGACUUGGAUAGAGAACUAUCUAUUACAGAACUCCUGAACCUUUUAUCGGGUCCUUUUGCGGACAUUUUCCGCCGCGAAUCGUCUUCUGACUUUGUCGAUGACCUUGAGCGAUUUUCGACUUUGCGCGGACUCUGGUCUGCAACUCGCUGGGAAGGAGCAUAUUUCCUCACGAGCAACGGGGAGGGGCCUAUCUUCAUGCCAACCUUCCUCCGUCUCUCGCGAGCUGUGGGCAAUAUCACGGACACCACUGGCACGCUGGAAUCUGACUAG